AUAGUAUAAUUAAAUUAAAACUUGAUACUUUUGGAUUUGUUAGCGGUUCAUUGCAAAUCCAGAAAUCGCCAAGACAACACCACUGCAAAAUGGGUGACAAUGUGGACCUGGAGAAGUGCUUUGAGGUGGUCAGCAAUCUGGUCUCCGAGGCUGGCAGGCUAAUCGCUCGCAACAAUGAGACGCGACAGGAAUUCGUGAUCAAGAGCAACGACAUUGACCUGGUGACCCAGACGGACAAGGAUGUGGAGCAGCUGCUGAUGGACGGCAUUCGCCGGCAUUUUCCGGAUCACAAGUUCAUUGGCGAGGAAGAAAGCAGCGGGGAGGAGGGCGUUAAAAAGCUGACCAAUGACCCCACCUGGAUCAUUGAUCCUGUAGAUGGAACAAUGAACUUUGUCCACGCCUUCCCCCACUCCUGCAUAUCCGUGGGUCUGAAGGUGAACAAGGUCACCGAGUUGGGUCUGGUCUACAAUCCCAUUUUGGAGCAGCGCUUCACCGCGAGACGCGGUCAUGGAGCCUUCUACAACGGGCGGAGGAUCCAUGUGAGUGAUCAGCAGGAACUGGGCAAAGCUCUGAUCACCAGUGAGUUUGGGACCACCCGGGAUGAGGCCAAGAUGAAGGUCGUCAACGAGAACUUCGAGAAGAUGGCCAAAAGGGCGCAUGGUUUACGCGUCCUGGGUUCGGCAGCCCUCAAUAUGGCGAUGGUUGCUCUGGGAGCCGCCGAUGCCAACUAUGAGUUUGGCAUCCAUGCGUGGGAUGUCUGUGCUGGGGACCUAAUUGUUCGUGAGGCCGGAGGAGUGGUAAUCGAUCCCGCUGGCGGGGACUUCGACAUUAUGUCGCGAAGGGUCCUGGCAGCAGCCACUCCCCAGUUGGCGCAGGAAAUAACCAAAGUGCUAACGCAGUUCUAUCCAUUACCUCGCGAUGACUAAGCUUACAAAAUCCUUAAGUAAUGGCAUUUAAUGUACCUUUAACGACUUAUAAAAUGGAACUAUCUAAUUCCAUUCCGACCUAACCAUAUAAAAGCAUUUCAAAUAACCGACCAUGUACCUAACAAAUAAAAAGAAUACGCCUAGU